AUGACUUACACACCUGAAUUAUUUGAAAAAGUUAUUUCUGCUGCUCUUUGUUCAUUUAAUUCAAAAACAACAAAUGUUGAAAAACGAAAUGCAUUAAAAUUUCUUGAAGAUUUAAAAGAAAAUCAACCAGUUUUAUGUUCAACAAUAUCAUUUGAAUUAUUAAAACAAACAAAUAAUCAAUCAAUACUUCAUCAUUUUAGUUUAAAUCUUCUUGAAUCAAUUAUAAAACAUAAAUGGAAUAUAUUGAAACUUGAUGAAAGAAAUUUAAUUAAAAAACAAUUAUUUUUUAUUAUUAAAAGUACUUAUUUAAAACAAAUAUUUAUGGAUUCAAUGCAUAUAAGAAAUUCUCUAGCAAAAUGUUUAGUUGAAAUGAUUAAACGAGAUUGUUUUGAAAAAGUUAAUACUACUUUAGAUGAAAUGGUUAAUAUGAUACAAGAAAUUACUCAAAUUCAAGGUUUGUUUUUCUAUUUAAACAACAAUAUGACAAAAAGAAUUCGUAUAUCAAAAUUAAUGACUGUUUGUCAUGAAACAAAACAAUAUAACAUAGUAGAGAGUGUUCGAUUCACUACCGAAAGAAUUUACUCCUUUGUCAAGUCAUGA